UCUUAAAAAUAAAUACGAAACAGCAAAGUUGUAUUACAUUUUAUUGAGAAAAACAUAAUUAUAUCCUUAACUAUUUCAAUAUUAUACUAUCUUAUCUAAAUUGAAUUGUAAUCUAGUAAUCCAUCAAAGUGAUGCUUUUAGCAUUUCCCGUUUUUUUUGUAACUUAAUAACUUCUUUUGUUAAACAAAGAAAGUGAAAUCAUUAUUAUGGAAGAUCAAGUUGAAGAUAUUGAAUUAAGGUCAGCAACUGUACGCCGAAACCUGACUAUCAAAAAUAAUGUAGCUCGUCAAGUUGCCAUCAACUUCAUGCCUUCGCGCCAAGCACCAUAUAAUACAUUACGCUUGAGGAGAGUGAACAGUGAGAACAAUGCACUAUUAGAUGCAGUGGCAUCUGAUACCCCAGAUGCGGCUAAUAAACAAGCAGAUAUCAUUGUGCGGGAGAUGGAACUACAUACUCAUUUAAUGCAAGAUGAUCCUGUGUCUGAGGAACUUAGAAGGGAGGCCUUACGGGAUCUUCCUCAGGGACUGACAAUGAAACGAAACGUGAGAGCAAAACUUUCGGCCUCUGUCAGUUUACGCUCGAAGAGACAACCAAUUUCUGUAUUCAAGAGAUUCAAGUACCGUCUCAGUUUUGUAUGGAAACGGACUCGUGAACGUUUUCGUGACCUAAUCUUCUCAAUACAACUGUGGUAUGAGCCGAUACGCACCAUCGAAGGCCAUUUGGGUACAGCGGUCGGGUCGUACUUUCAUCUUCUGCGCUGGCUUUUCAGCCUGAAUCUGCUGUUGAGUGGAUUGGUGGUUUGCUUUUUAGUAGUGCCUCAAGUGCUUCAUGAUCAUAGUAACUCUACGGCUACUGAUCUUCACUGGUUGGAUGUCAUCAGUGGUAAGGGUGGACUAGAAGAUUCCCUUUUGUUCUACGGCCAUUACCACGAUGGUGUUAUCAACGGCUCUCUUCCCCUCUCUUACAACAUGCCCUUCGCGUAUUUCUUCACGAUGUUCUGUAUCUACGUGGGGUUCUUUGUGGUGUUCUGUUACAGGACGGCGUACUCGUACCGACGCAACUUCAUAGAGACUUCGGGCGGACUGUCCAACGUGUUCGCGAAUAAAGUGUUCUGUGGCUGGGAUUUCGGCAUCGUGUCUGCGCAUGCCGCUUCGCUUAACGCCGCCAGUCUCGUCAACGAAUUUAAGGAACUCCUAAGUGAAAAAUACAAGGUCAAAGUCAAAAGAUCGCUAUGUAUGAAAAUAUUCGAGUAUAUAGUGAACACAAUAGUGUGGGUGACCGUACUGGGGAGCAUGGUGGCUCUCCACUACGGUGUGUGGUCUCUCCGGGCGAUGAACAUGCGGACCGGGAACUGGAAUCUUCUGGUCUCCUUGAUAUUGACCUCUGUGCUGGCGGUGUGUCCGCUGUUGUUUAAUUUUCUCGUCAGAUUGGAGUUCUACAGACCCCGUACAUCAUUCUAUGUGACUCUGGCCAGGACCUGGUUAUUGGACAUCACGACGCUGGGAUUGAUCUUCUACUAUUGGGCCAAGUCCAGUACGAAGUGCUGGGAGACGGUACUGGGCCAAGAGGCGUAUCGCCUCGUUCUGCUGGAUUCGGUGGUCUCCUUGCUGCUUCUGCCUGCGGUCGAGUUCCUUAGAAUUUUGAUAUUUAAGUUAAACCCUAAAGGCUCGGGGCCAGAGUUCAAUAUCGCGUACAAUUCGCUGACGCUGAUCUACAACCAAGCCCUGCUGUGGCUGGGCUUGCUGUUCUCGCCCUUGUUGGCCGUGGCGGUGACCAUCAAGUUCUUCCUCUUGUUCUAUAUCAAGAGGGUCAGCGUUUUAAGGGCGUGUCGACCGGCUAGGAAGGUGUGGCGUGCUGCGCAGACGCAAACGGUUCUCUAUAUGUUCGUCACUCUGUCUCUCUUCACCACUCUUUUCGGAAUAGGAGUCCUUUUCUUAGCGAGCACGUCGGACGCGUGCGGUCCGUUCCGUCAGUACGCGCCCGUGAUCGCUGUAAUCAGCGAAGGGGUGUUGGGGCUGUCCACUCACCAAACGCUCAACGCCAUCAUCACCUUCAUCAUCAGACCCGGGGUUAUCGGAUUCCUCUUUGUUGCGCUUUGCGUGUCCGUGUACUUCAUGCGUGCGAAGUCAAUCGCCCAGCGCUCCAUGGUCGACCUCUUGCGGCAGAUGCUGGUGCUUCAAGCCAAGGACAAGGAUUUCCUCCUGACCGCCAUCGCCAAAGUCUCCAAUGGGGAAUGGCUCUACAGCCCGAAGCCCGAGGAGAACGCUGACAGUCACACCUGGCGUUACUUCCACGAGGUGCGGAAACCCUCGAAUGCGGGUUAUCACUUCGACGGGUCCCGGCUGAGCCACGCCUUCGACAGGUCCGAUAAACCCGUCAGGCCGAGGUCGGAGAGACCCCAAUCGGUCAGGACCGACGGAGACACGGACAGCUCCUUCAGUUGGCAAGGGUCGAGCAAUUACCUGAACGAUCUGGAGAAUAGGAGAAUGAUUUGACAGGUUUUAACUCAUUUUGGAAGGUGGUGCUAGCUUUGAUGGGUAGAAUGUCUUCGAAAAUACCAACGUAUUACAAUAUCAGAUUUCUUUGUGCUUCUCACCCUGAUCGAGAACUUCUAGAGUUAAAUGUAGAAUAGCGUUUCGGCUCGAAGGACCAAAAUGAACGGUUCCCGAGUCAAUGGAAAUAUUCUAAAUAAUCGAGCAUAUUAUUUUAAUUAAGUUUAUAAUUUAUUCAUAAUGAAUUGCUAUGUUCUGUAACGCUAAAGAGUGGCUGCGUCUGGGUAUAUAUACUAUAUAUACACUCUCGGAGCGUAACAACGCUUUAGGAAAUCGAUACGCCUAAAAAAUCUUGGCGCCUACAGGCAUAUUAUGGAAACUAAAUUGUUGCGAAAGUAUAA